AUGACUGUAAUAUCUCUGUUUUCGAAGCUCAAGGCUCACCUGGCCGACACUCAAGCCAAAACCUACUCGCCUAGUGCAGCAGACUACAAGCAAGUCGAACAGUGCUUUAUUGACAACCCAGUUCAAACUCUUGGGGUAAUCAGACCUCAGACCAGCGAUGAAGUGGCCCUGAUUGUGCAGUUCUGCUUGGAGCACCGCGUCGAGUUUAGCGUGCGAGGAGGAGGCCAUGAUUGUGCCAGUCGAACAUUGGUGGAUGGGGCACUUGUGAUUGACAUGCGAGAUAUCAAGCACGUUGUUAUAGCCGAAGACAAGAAAAGCGCAAGAGUCGGCGGGGGCAUUCUCAGCGGCGAAUUGGCCAAGGCCUUGGGGAAAGAAGGCCUGAGUACGCCGACCGGUACGGUCGCAAGUGUAGGAUAUACUGGAUGGGCUACUCUCGGUGGCUACGGACCGUUGACGUCGCAUUAUGGCCUCGGCGUUGACCAGAUCAUCGGAGCAAAAAUCAUCAACGCUCGUGGAGAAGUCCAGGAUGCCAAUGAAGAACUGCUUGUCGGCAUCCGAGGCGGUGGCGGAUCACUCGGUGUAAUUGUUGAACUAACUAUCAAAAUUUACCCAAUCAACAAGAUCCUCUCAUCUAUGAUUGUCUACGACUCAAGCGACCUAACCGCAGCUCUCACCUCCUACACCCAACACUACGAAAAGCUUCUCGAAUCAGGCAAACUCCCGGUAUACCUACAACUACAGCCGAUGAUCGCCCAAAUGCCAGGCCAGCCCGUCAGUCUCAUGGUCAUCGCGACUUGGCACGGCGACGACAAAAACGAAGGGCGAUCUUGGAUAAAGAACAUAGCUGCAGCGGCUACCUGUGUGAUGGAGAACACGCAGGAGAUUACACUUGCGGAAAUGCUCGAGAAUAAUGAGAAGUUGGUUACCUGGCCUUCAUACGGUAGAGUCUAUACUCUGAACUGUAAGACUCUGACUGAGAAGGCCAUUGAAAUCUUGGGAAAGCAUUGCCUCAAUGCACCAGGUGGAAGUCUAAUCUUCUCAUACCAUACGCUUCUCUCAGCACAAGAGCCUAAACAAAAGUCUGUUUUUGGAACGAGGGCAUACCAUCAUAUGUUUGAGAUCUACGCAGUUCUUGCAGAUAAAAAUAUCGCGGAAGAACGAGUUCAAUGGGCUGCCAAGGUCAAGGCCGAACUUCAGGCACAUGAUGCUGAUAAUAUCCUGGAGGGGUCGUAUAUAUCGCUUGGCUCUCACGAGGAUGCUGAUGUCAAGAAGAUCUAUGGGAAGUAUUAUGAGACGUUGGCAGCUUUGAAGAGGAAGUAUGACCCUAGGAAUGUGUUCAAGCAUAGCAUCCCAAGACUGGUCCUUGCUAGAGAGGGGGAUAAGAUUGUCGAGGCCUAA